AUGCAAUCACUGGUGUCAAAGAAUGCUCAAUUAUUGAGAUAUGAAAAUGAGGUCCUCAAAUUUUGCAACUCUGGCCCAACGAUAGUAGAGCAGGAGUUUCUCGUGCUACAAUUUACACACUGGGACAACCCCACAGCCACAGCCGCUAUCUGCAUCGAUCGCUCCGUCAACCUCACUAUUGGACAGUCUUCCGGUCGUGGUCCUAUUGUUUCAAGUGAACCAACAUUCCAUCAACUAUCACGCCCUCGGCGGUCAGAGGGGGAGAAGGAAGUGUUUGAAUCAGACACCCGCGGCCGCUUUGGACCCAUCCUGGUAUUGAAACCAUCCCCAGACGACGUCAACGUUAUAUGUGAUGGAUUCUGGAAUGCUCAUCAGCAAACCAUGAAGCUUGUGGAACAAGGCCGCGCUGACUGGCAACAUGAAAUUGACGAACACGACCGCCAAAUUGACGAACGCGACUGCCAACUUGCGAAGAUGCAAGCCGAACUUGAGCUAUUGAAGGCCCAACGUGCAGUUCCGAAUGACACCGCAGAAUCACCAUUGCCGUCAUCCUAACCUCGUUUGUGCAACACCCACAUUUCUGUCUCAUCGCAAAGUGUUUUACUAUCACGCCUAGAACAGUGUAGAAUUUCAAUCAUGGGAAGCAUCAUUGAUGUAGACUUGCUAGCAUGCUCGCAUACACUCCUACACGUUUUACGCUUCUGGUACUUGUACUUUAUGACGCUGACUCCUCACAAUCACCCAGAUCACCCAGACCUCCCUGAUGCUAUAUGAUACAGUAGCCUGGUCCAACUUUGCUCGUCAUUUCUAGUUUUAUUACACCGCUGUAACAGAGUAUGACUUCUGAUGUAAAUACAGUGUUU